GGUCGUGGUUGUGAUGGUGCGCUUGGGGGGGGGAAGUGUUGCCGGGCGAUAGCGCUGCCACUGGGGGCAGUGAAGGAAUGCAGUCGAGGUGCCUGGUUGCAGCCCCCCAGGAUCGAGCUAGGAAACGGGACAACAACGGUGCCGCAGGGGGAACAGACGGCCUGGAGACGGCCUGGAGACGGGUGCAGACGGGCGUAG